AAGCCGCUUGUCACAUGAUCCUGAUGUCAGUCUUUGCUCCGGUGGCGUUGUUUAAGUCUUAAAUCAGAGCAAAACUAACACCACUGCUAGCUUACGCUAAUAUAACGAAAACGUUGAAACGCGUAGCCAGAAACGUUAACGGGGUUUUUUUUGUCGCCAAGAACAGCGCUUUAUCAUCCCAACAAAUCAGUGACUUUUGUUUUCCCUUGCCGUUGUUGUGACGCUAACGUUAGCCUAGCCGGCUAGCACAACAUCUCCUCGCCGAGCUAACUGGCCGCGUCCUGCGUCGUCGUUGUGCCGCCGUGAUCUCGUCCUGACCAGCGGUGAAGCAGCAGCAGCAGCAGCAGCAGAGAAAACCGCAGAAACAUGACGCAGAUCGGCGGUGUCUACUCAUGGAGCCUGGGACUAACGUUACAAUUGAUUUUAGCUGCCGCUCUGCACCAGGGUUUUGCUACUGUUGCCCCACCCACGACUGCCCAAACCACUGCUGCGCCGCACAAAGACCCUGGCAGACCUGAAAGAGGAAACUAUGUGGUCACCAACAGCAAUGGUACUGCCUGUUUGUUGGCAUCCAUGGGCCUCCAGCUCAACAUCACCUUCAUUUCUUUGUCCCAGAUGAAGACUGUGCAGGAAGUUGUGAACCUUCAGCCCAAUAUGACAAAGAGCUCUGGAUCAUGUGAAUCAGACAGCGCCUCCCUGCGGCUCACAACGGAUGCAGAGAAAACUAACGUCACCUUUACCUUCACCCUGAAUACUACGGCCAACAAGUACCAUUUGAGUGAAGUGCUUCUGUCAGCAGCCUGGCCAGACAUGAAAGACGCCUUCUCAGCCCAUAACAACAGUCUGGACUACCUGCGUGGCACCCUGGGAUACUCAUACAUGUGCCGAGAAGAGCAAACCCUGAAUGUGGCCCAGAACUUGUCCAUCAACACCUUCCAGGUGCAGGUGCAGCCCUUCGGUCUGACCGGAAAUCAGUUUGGAGCAGCUGAGGAAUGCCAGUUGGAUGAAGAUGACAUGUUGAUCCCCAUCGUAGUUGGAGCAGCUUUAGCUGGUCUUGUCCUGAUUGUGCUCUUGGCCUACCUCAUUGGCAGGAAGAGGAGCCAUGCUGGCUACCAAACCAUCUGAGAUGUCUUGUCGCUCUCCUGUCCCCCGGGGCCAGAACCCCACCCAUGAAUUUAACCACUGUUUAAUGAGACUAAACACUCUACCUUGUGCCCCUCUGUCCCUCCAUCUCUCUGUGUACCGUUCCUUGCCCUUAUCACUAACACGAGUCAUUAUCACGUUGUGACGUUGCUAUGCGCUUUCUGAACUGACCCGCUCUUUCAUUAAAAAAAGGGACUUUGUUUAGAGAUUGUGUUGAACUCUUUAGUGGUACCAUGUAAAGCAGGGGAUGUUGAUCAGAGGGUCCACGACAGUCCUCAAGUUGUAUUGUACUAUUUAUGAUUUCUGUGGAAGGAAUUUUGAGGGAUUGUGGGAUUUGAGGGAAUUGCUACUGUAGCUUUUUUGGGUGACCUUUUGUAGUGGUCUCGCCCUAAAUAAGGUUUGCUAAUAUGAAGGGAAUAUUUCUUGCUGUUUAACUUGAUCUACUUCAGACAGUAAAGAUAUGACUUUUUUUUUUAAAUUGCAACUCUACAUUUAGCCGAAGUAUGCAGAUUUUAGGGAACUUGCAAAAAACAUAGUAUCCUAAUCCUGAAAAGGACGUGAGGAGACUCCUUAGUAGUUGUGUUACAUUUAGGGAUUCAUUUUGUCCAUUGGGAUUAGUCGUGAAAUGCUUGUCUUUCUUUCUGAGAGGUACUCAACACAUUUUGUAUGGAGACUGUAGAUGCAGCUGUCAGCUUUAUAGGACUUGGAGGCAAUUUUAACUUUUUUUUUUUUUCGUUUCACUUAAAGGAGUACUUUAGCAUCUUUGGGAAGUAGGCUCAUUUGCAUUCUUGCAGAGAAUUAGAUGAGAAGUUUGAUAUCACUCUUAUAUUUCCUAAAUAUCAAGCUACGUCAAGGAGAUGGUUAGCUUAGCUCUGCAUAAAGACUGGAAACAAGGGGACACAGCUACCCUGGCACUGUCCAAAGGCCAAAAAAAAAUCUGCCUACUACAACCUCCAAAGUUCACUAACGAACACACUGUAUCUGGUCUAAACAAAAGCUGAAGAGUAAAACUGAGUUGUGGUUGUUGAUUCUAGCCAAGACUGUUUCUUGGCCGGGAGCUGGCCAGGCUCAUAACCUCAUGCAAAACAACAUUUAUCUGUUUUACCCUUCGCUUUUUGUAGAGAUAAAAAAACAAAACAAGAUAUAACGUGUUAAGUGGUGAGUUUUAGAGGUGCUGGUAGGUGGAUUCUGUUACAUUUGGACAGAGCCAGGUUUGCUUUCUCCCCUUGCUUCCAUUCUUUAUGCUGAGCUAAACUAACCAGUCUUUUGGCUGCAGCUUCAUACUCACUGUACAGACAUGGCAAUGGCUUUGAUCUUCUCAUCUAACUCGGCACAAAAGCAAAUUACUUGUAGAUCCCAAAGUGAUGACAGCCUCUAUUUAGGAUUCUGCUGUUACAAAAUAGACACACACCGGGAUUUGCUAUAAAAAAAAAUCUAUAAAAAGUGCUGUUGGCUUAGUGCAUGAAAAAGCUCAGGACAUCACUGUAUGAACGUAAUAAUGUUGCUUUAUUUAAGCCCGCUGGGUGGUUUUGUUUGUUUGUUUUUCCUGAUUUUGGGCCCACUUGGGAUUUGGUUGCUGAAGGGAUAGAAGUUGCACUAAAGUCCUGAGAAACAGCCUCAUGUAAUGAUUAAAAUGGCCAAAAUGCUCUGGUCGGUGUUUAUCAGUGCCUUUCCAGCUGUAACAUGGAUGGGAUUAAAGUUAAGCCAAUAUUCACAGAGGUAAUCACUCCCACUCACUGACACUGUGUGCUGCCAUGUAUGGGACAUUUUCUUUGUGUCUCACAUAGCCUUCAUGUACUGUUAUUACCCUUAAUAUGCAUUGUUUGAUGUAAUAGGAGGAAGUACAGUUAUUUAUGUUUUUUAUUUUUUUCUUUUCUCCCUCAUCUAAAUAUCCGUGUAGUGAUUUAAUAAGGUUUUAAUGGAUUUGUUUGAACUGUUUUCUAAAGGAGAGGUCAAUAAAAGUGAAAGAACAAGGCU